AUGAUUACGCUUGCGCACUUUUUCAUGCAAUUUGUCAGUCCUCACAGUCAAGCUGAAGGUUUUGUUGAAUCAAAAAUUCAAUAUGAAGCUCUCAUUAACAGUUCAUGUUUUCAUCUAAUAAUUCGAUCAAUUCAGUUCAAAUAUGUAUUAGAUGGACGUGGAAAUGAUCCUCGAUUACAAAAUUCCAAACUUCCACACGAUGCUGAUGAUACGAGUAGUCGACUAGUCAAUUUAGAUUUUAUUCUAAGAAGUAUAAGAUCAUUUGUUCAGGAUGUUUUGCGAUAUUUGAUUGUUACAAAAUUACCUAAUAUUUAUAUGAUUGCUAAAGAACCCUAUGCUGAAUAUUCAUUUAAUGAAAUCGAACGUAUCUUAUUGUUACUAUUAGCAUGUUCAAUAUCGGGAGAUUCAAAAGAAGUUCAUAUUCGUCGUUUACAAACUCUUGAUGAGCCUGUUCAACAGUCAUUAAUGCCCUAUUUACAAGAAUUUACCGAUGACAUAAAUAGUACUAUUCAACCAUCAACACCAAAAGAUGAAUCAUUGAAAAUUUUAUUUUUAAAUAUUGAAAAAUUAGUUCAAGAACGUGAUAUACUUUAUGAAGAUAUAUUAGAAUUAGAACAAGAUAAAGAUUUAUUAAAACAAAAACUUGAACAAUAUCAAUCGGGUUCAAAUUUAAUACAAGGAGGAGAAAAAGGAGAAAAAAAUAUGAGUGGUGGUGGAGGUUUACAUUCAACACCUAGUCAAACAUCAUUAAAUACAUUUUUGAACGAUUUAGAAGCAAAACAUCCCGAAAUUGAAAUUAGUGAAUAUAAACAAAAAAUGAGACAAAUGAAAUUGGAUAUUGAUGAUAAAAUAGAUAUAAUUGAUACAAUUCGAGAUGAAUUAGAUUCAUGUCGACUGGAAGUAAAUCGUUUAAAAAAUGAUAAUAUGGAAUUAAGUCAACAAUCAAAAUUAACACGAUUAUAUAGAGAUGAAAUUGAUUCAUUAAGAGAAAAAGUUAGUAAAAUAGAGAAAUGUGAACAAGAAUUAUCUCGUUGUAGAGAAAAAUUAGAUGAAUUUGAUCAUUUGAAAUUGAAGAUUGAUGAAUUACAACAAGAAAAUCAUUUAUUGUCUGAUUCUCGUCAAUAUUUAGAACAACAAAUUGAAUCAUAUCAAAUUCGUGUUCAAGAAUUGUUACAAGUUGAAUUAAAUUUAUCACGUUUUAAACGUGAUAUUGAAUUAAUUACUAAUGAACGUGAUCUUAUUCGAGAUAAAUUAGAAUAUUUACUCGAAGAUAAACUUCGUUUAGAAUUUGAUUUAAAUUCUACAACAACACAAAUGAAUUCUCUUAAUAAUGAACUUAAAUAUGCGCGUGAAGAUUCAACAAUGACUGAUCAACAAUCAUUAUCAUUCACUGUACAAUGUCAACAAACAAUAAAACAACGAAUUUUAAAAUAUGAAUUACAUACAAAACAUUUAGAAAUUGAAUUAUCACAAUAUAAAGAAAAAGCUGAUAUAAAACAAAUUGAAUAUGAAAAACAACAAAUUCAUUUAUCUCUUUUACAAGAACAACUUGUUGAAUAUAAACAAAAUAUUGAACAAAUUGAAAUGAAAUAUGAUCAUAUAUGUAAAGAAAAAAUUCAUCUUGAACAAAAACAACAAGCUGAUGAAUUACAAUAUCAAAAAUAUGUAUGUGAAUUACAAACAGAAAAUAAACAUUUAAAAUUAACAAUGGAAAAGAUGAAACAGCGAGAACAAAUGGAACAGACAACAAAAAUACACGAUAUUGAAUUAGAAAAUAAACGUUUACAAGAUAAAAUUAUUGAUAUUAUGCAACAAUAUAGUCAAUUAGAGAUUGAACAUAACCAAUUAGUUUUAAUUCGUGAUCGUGAAUGUACAUUAAAUGAACGUAUUAUCUCUUUACAAUUGAAACAUGAUCAAACUGCUCGUGAUCUAUUAGAUAGUGAUAAACGUCGACAAUUAUUAGAAUAUUCAUUAAAGCAUUAUGAAACAAUUGAACAUGAUUAUCUUGAAUUAAAACAUUCUCAUGAAUGUCUUCUACGACAACAACAAGAACAUACAACAUUAGAACAAGAUCAUUUAGAAUUAAAACUAAAAUGUGAACAAUAUAUGAUACAACUUGAAAAAUCUACUCAAACAAAUUUACAGUUAGAAAAAAUAAAGGCAGAACAUUUAAAAUUGCAACAACAUAAUCGUGAAUUAGAACAAGAAAAAAAAAAAUUAGAACGAUAUAGUGAUGAUAAACGAAAAGAAUAUGAACAAUUAGAAUUGAAUAAACAACGAGAAUGGGAUCAAAUGACACAAAAACUAUUGAAUAAUGAGUUGACAAUUGAAAAAUUACGUCAGGAUUUACAUGAUGAACUUGUACAGCGUGAAGAUUUACAAACAAAAGUUGACAGUUUACAACUACAACAAAAAGUUCCCGUAACUUUACAAGAAGUUACAGAUGACAGUAGUAUUAAUAAUAUCGAUCAAAAAGCGUCAAAUAUAACAAUAAUUGAUGUUAGGCCAAAAUCCGAUGAAAAUAUGAAUGAUUAUUUUAUGGAAAUUGAGCGAAAGAAUGUUGUAUUGAAAUCUGAUAAUGUUCAUCUUCAUGUUCAACUUCGUCAAUAUGAAUCGAUUCAACGUUCUCUAAAAGAGACAGUUGAAACUAUUAGUCGUCAUCUAUCCGAUAUUCAAAGUGAUAAACAACGUUUACAAUUGGAAUUAAGUUCAUAUCAACAACGUAUUGAACAAUUACAACUCGAUUUAGAUAAACAACGUAAAUUAGUUGAAACAGUUGAUAAUGAUCGUUCAUCAACAUUACAAUCAUGUCAUCAUUUACAACAAACAUAUGAUCAAUUAGCUUAUGAUCAUGAUCAAUUACAAAAACUUUAUACAAAACUAGAAUAUGAGUUAGAUACAACUAUCAAUCAAUUAUAUGAACAAAAAACAACAAAUCGAAUAUUAACAAAAGAAUGUAAAUAUCUACAAAAUGAACUGAAUAACAUUAGUAAAGAGAGAAAUGAUUCAUCAAAUCGUGUUCAACAAUUAUUAGCACAACUUCAUACAUUAGAAGCAAAAUUAGCCGAACAAAAACCGUUUGAUGAACAUUACAUCACAUUACAACGCCAAUUUCAAACACGUAAUUCUGAAUAUCAAGAAUGUUUAACAUCAAAUCAAUUAUUAAAACAACAGUUAGACGAUAUGAAAUUAGAUUUAAGUAAAACACGUAGUGAACUAGCUUGUAUACAAAUGAAAUAUACAAAUAUUAAUGCCCUUUAUUUACAACUGAUAUCAAAAUAUGAAUUUUUGGAAUUGCAUAGUGAUCGUACAGAAGAAGAAAAAAGUCAAUUAAUUGAUCAACUUCAUUCACUUGUACAACAAAAUCAAAAUGUUUUAGCUCAAGCAUUAAGCAAUAAAGAUUUAUUUCAUGAAGAAGCCAGAGGAUAUUUAGAACAACUUCAUCAUCUAAUGAGACAAAAAGAAUUAUUAGAAAUGAAAAUAAUGGAACAAUAUAAAAAUAUGAGCAAGCCAAGACGCUCACGUGGUUUAAUUCAAUCUGUUUCACGUAAAACUCGCAAUAUUCUUGAUCGUUUGGCGAAUAGACGUUCUCGAACAUCAUCAGCUGAUUGUCAUUUGUACGAAUCAACCACAGCAAUAGGCAGAAAUGGUGACUGUGAUAGUCGAGCUAGUCCAUCAACAUCAUCAAUUGAAAACAAUAGUCAACAUCAACAACCACAACAUGCCAGAUCAACAACUCCUGAUGUCAUAUCAUCAAGUUUGCCAUCAGCACGCUAUCAUCAUCAUUUAUUUACACCAGAGUAUGGAAAUGAUGUCACACCGCCGGCACAUUGCCAUCAAUCGACCGAUAGUCUAGUUGAUUCAUCGUCAAAAGAUGAAUCUCCAUCUGUUCCCAUUGAGGAAAAUGUUUCAACGUCUUACACUCCAAUGCGACUUAUGCCACCGAAAACAACCGAUUAUAUCGUCGCUAAUGAAAAUGGAGGACCACGACAAUCACCAUUUCGACCUAUUCGUGAUUCACCAGGUAUUCAACGUGCUGUCUAUGAUUAUUCACCAUCGAAUCAACGUCGAUGUUCAUCAACUCAGUCAUUAAAUCUAUCACAAAAUGGUAGUUCAUUACGUCGUGGACAUCGAACACCAAUAACAACAACUACUUUUCUUGCGCAACAACAGCAGCAAUCAUCACCAUUGAAACUCACUGCCACCGAUCCACCAUCGUCCAUUAUCGAGAAAGAUCUGGUUUUAAUAACUGAAUUUGGUGCCAUUUAA